AUGGUGGUCGUCAACCACCAUUCCGACCGUAGGCAGUUCAGGGCACUCCACGUCGCGGCGGCAAAUGCCAUUUCCAUCGUCGCGGCGGUACCGUCGCCUCCCAUCACCGUCUUUUCGUCGCCCUCCCUUCCCCUGCCCGUCGCGCUCCCUUCCCUGCCCGUCGCGCUCCCUUCCCUACCCGUGGCGCUCCCUUCCGUCAUUCCCGACACAUAUUGCCUUCUCGUCAUUCUCCCUUUUCGUGGCUCUUUUUUUUUUAUUCCUGCACGUCGCCCUCGCUUCCCCUCCCCGUCGCGCUCCCUUUCCCUCCCCGUCGCGCUCCCUUCCCCUCACCGUCGUGCUACCUUCCCCUCCCCUGUCGUGCUCCCUUCCCCUCCCCGUCGUGCUCCCUUCCCCUCCCCGUCGUGCUCCUUCCCCUCCCCGUCUCGUUCCCUUCCCCUCCCCGUCGCGCUCCUUCCCCUCCCCGUCGCGCUCCCUUCCCCUCCCCAUCUCUUUCCCUUCCCCUCCCCGUCUCGUUCCCUUCCCUCCCCGUCUCGUUCCCUUCCCCUCCCCGUCGCGCUCCCUUCCCCUCCCCGUCUCGUUCCCUUCCCCUCCCCGCCUCGUUCCCUUCCCCUCCCCGUCUCGUUUCCUUCCCCUCCCCGUCGCGCUCCCUUCCCCUCCCCGUCUCGUUCCCUUCCCCUCCCCGUCGCGCUCCCUUCCCCUCCCCGUCUCGUUCCUUCCCUCCCGCCGCGCGCUCCCUUCCCCUCCCCGUCUCGUUCCCUUCCCCUCCCCGCCUCGUUCCCUUCCCCUCCCCGUCUCGUUUCCUUCCCCUCCCCGUCGCGCUCCCUUCCCCUCCCCGUCUCGUUCCCUUCCCCUCCCCGUCGCGCUCCCUUCCCCUCCCCGUCUCGUUCCCUUCCCCUCCCCGCCGCGCUCCCUUCCCCUCCCCGUCUCGUUCCCUUCCCCUCCCCGCCGCGCUCCCUUCCCCUCCCCGUCUCGUUCCCUUCCCCUCCCCGUCUCGUUCCCUUCCCUCCCCGUCUCGUUCCCUUCCCCUCCCCGUCGCGCUCCCUUCCCCUCCCCGUCUCGUUCCCUUCCCCUCCCCGCCUCGUUCCCUUCCCCUCCCCGUCUCGUUCCCUUCCCCUCCCCGUCUCGUUCCCUUCCCCUCCCCGUCUCUCCUUUCCUCCGUUUCCCCCUUCUCCCUCUCACUCGCCCUCCCUCUCCCUCCACGCUUCUCGUCCUUAUCCCCACACAUGUCCUCCUCCUUUCCCUCCCAUCUCUCACCGAACCCUCUCUUUCCUCCCCUCCCGCAUUGCUCCAUUUCUUCUAAUUUCCGCCCUUCCCCCUCUUCGCCUCUCCUUCCCUCCCUCGCUGUCCUCUCUCUUCGCCUCUCCUUCCCUCCCUCGCUGUCCCUCUCUCUUCGCCUCUCCUUCCCUCCCUUGCUGUCCCUCUCUCUUCGCCUCUGCUUCCCUCCCUCGCUGUCCCUCUCUCUUCGCCUCUCCUUCCCUCCCUCGCUGUCCCUCUCUCUUCGCCUCUCCUUCCCUCCCUCGCUGUCCCUCUCUCUUCGCCUCUCCUUCCCUCCCUCGCUGUCCCUCUCUCUUCGCCUCUCCUUCCCUCCCUUGCUGUCCCUCUCUCUUCGCCUCUCCUUCCCUCCCUCGCUGUCCCUCUCUCUUUGCCUCUCCUUCCCUCCCUCGUUGUCCCUCUCUCUUCGCCUCUCCUUCCCUCCCUCGCUGUCCCUCUCUCUUCGCCUCUCCUUCCCUCCCUCGCUGUCCCUCUCUCUUCGACUCUCCUUCCCUCCCUCGCUGUCCCUCUCUCUUCGCCUCCCGUCCCUUCCCUCUCUGCUGGCCCCUUCGCUCUUUUCCCUCUCAGCCCCUCUCCUCCUUUCCCUCUCAGCCCCUCUCCUCCUUUCCCUCUCAGCCCUUCUCCUCCUUUCCCUCUCAGCCCCUCUCCUCCUUUCCCUCUCACUCAGCCCCUCUCCUCCUUUCCCUGUCAGCCCCUUCUCCUCCUUUCCCUCUCAGCCUCUCUCCUCCUUUCUCUCUCAGCCCCUCUCCUCCUUUCUCUCUCAGCCCCUCUCCUCCUCUCUCUCAGCCCCUCUCCUCCUUUCUCUCUCAGCCCCUCUCCUCCUUUCUCUCUCAGCCCCUCUCCUCCUUUCUCUCUCAGCCCCUCUCCUCCUUUCUCUCUCAGCCCCUUUCCUCCUUUCUCCCCGCCGUGGGUAACCCCGCUGUGCCCGCGCUCUGCUCACUCACACACGAUGCUCACUCACACACGAUGCUCACUCAUUGA